UCUUCGUCUGCAACAGCAAAGGAAAAUCACAAUGGCUCUGAGUGCUCUGAUGAAGUCAGCCGUAGUGCUGGGAGUGAUGUACGGAGCUGUGGCUGACGGAGGCUACGGCUCUCACGGAGGAGGCUUUGGAGGCGGUGUUUCCGGAGGCGUAGGAGGAGGCUUCGGAGGAGGAAGCCACGGCGGCUUUGGAGGAGGCCUCGGUGGAGGCAGCUUCAUCGGAGGAGGCGGAGGCCACGGCGGCUACGGCGGAGGCGUUGGCGGCGGCAGCGUCGUCCCAGCACGUCUGGUCGGAGUCGGCGUCCUCCCCUCGGUCGGAGGCGGCUAUGGCGGCGGUGCCGUCGGAGGCCACGGCGGAGGCGCUGGAGGCUUCAUCGGAGGCGGCAGCAGUGUAGGAGGUUCCUUCGGAGGUGGAUUCGGAAACUCCGUCGGAGGCGGUGUGGGAGGCGGAUUCGGAAGCCACGGGUCUUCCGGACACGUCAGCGGAGGAUACGGCGGGAAAUAAAGAUUUAAUUAAUGCAAGAAUAAAUGUUUUAUAAUAUA